AUGCAGAGUGACUAUGCAAUUUCGGUACCUGACAUAAUUACUACUCUGACACAUAACCAAGAAUUGUCACUGCAAGAAGCUAGAGAUGCAGUCUUCCAAACUGGUAAUCAUGACGGAAUCAUAGCCAACCAAGUGGUAUUACAGAUUGCUUCUUUCUGUUUAAACUGCGGGUCAUGAUUUACUGUAUUAAUUUCAUGUACUUGGAAUGAACUCUAAAUACAGUUAGUAUAAAUUGGUUACUGCUAUACAUGUCAGUAUGCCAAGAAUUAAAUUACUAAUGACAGUGUAAAUGGGAAACAGUAACAAUAAUCAGUUGUUAUUUUUUUUUUCUUUUUUUUUUUUUUGGUAGUGUGUGCGUUCAAUCAUGAUAGGUAUGUUCAUAUUCGCUCUUCAGGUUUUUGGUCUUAUCUGCGGCUAUACUCACCAAACUAGUCUCAAAACCACCUCAAAUUUUUCGUUAUGCGAUAGUUUCCUCCUAGCAAACCUCAAAGUAAUUGAUAUUCGAAUUGUAGGCAGUUUUUGGAGCCAUGUGCAGGUUAAUCGUUGCUCUUCUCGUCGUCGCCGAGGGCGCCAUGUUAGAAGAUGUGCCUCAAACAAAUAUCUCUAUUUGUGCAUUCUUCUUCUUCUGGUUUCCAAUGACAUCCAUAGAAACCCUGGUCCACCAUUGGGAAAGAAUACUCUUAACAUAUCUUCCUUUAACGCAAGAAGUAUCGUCAAUAAAAGACUGGAGCUUCAGAGUCAUGUAG